GCUACCAAAGAAAAGAAAACAAUUCCUUUCUAAAUUUUGUAUGUGUGGUUAAGUUUUGAUUGAAUUUUUCUUGUUCUGAUUAUUGAAAAGCAUCGUUGACUAACCGUUUGAUUUGUAAAUGUUAGAGUGUAGUAUUUUAAUUUCUAUCGAAAAAUUGAUUACUGAUGAUGAAUUUUAAAUCGAAAGUUUGAAUUUUGGAAGCAGACAAAGUUAAAGGUUUUGAAGACUGAAAUUUUUGAUUGGAAGAUCAUAGAAAGAGCAUGAGCACUCAGGCCCAGGGGAUGAGGGGGCCUCCCUUAAGGGGGUAUCGGAGGAGGAAGACAAUGCUGGACUUAAAUGUGCCUCCAAGUGAAAGCAGGGAUCAGGAAGGAACUUCAGCUCAGAAUGUGCUGCAGGAAGUGCAAGCAAGCCAACAAGUGCGGCCCAUACCAGCUAAUACAAUUGAUGUUGAGGCCAUUGAUGAUGACGUUAUUGAAUCAUCCCCAAGGGCUUUUGCUGAAGCUAAGAGCAAUGCCCAACGAAAUAAUGCUCAAAGGAACCAUACCCAAAGAACUUGUGGAAAUGCUGUUGUUGUCGAUGUAGAUUCCGUCAUUGCAGGUCGAACAACUAGGUUGACUUAUAAUAACCCCAAUAAACGCAGAAGAAGUCCAUCAAAUCAUGCAGUUAUUAAUUGUGAACAUUAUGUAAAUUUGGAAAGCAGUGGCAGCUCUAUGAGAGAUAAUGCGCAACAGCUGCAGCCACCUCCACCUCCAAAGGAGCCAACCUUCAACUGUCCAAUAUGCAUGGGUCCAUUUGUUGAAGAAACAUCAACAAAAUGUGGGCACAUUUUCUGUAAGGCUUGCAUUAGGGCUGCAAUUGGAGUACAGUCGAAAUGUCCUACUUGUAGGAAAAAAGUCACUGUUAAAGAACUUAUUAGAGUGUUCCUUCCAGCAACCAGUUGAUCAUGUUUCUCACAACCAAAUAUUAUAUAUGGUUGAUAGAUGCAUCUUUGAGAUAGAGGUAUGGAGAUGGAAGAAUUGCAGUAUCAUGUUGGUUGAUUCUUAUUGUUUACUUCCUAAAUUUGAAUUUCAUCUAACAUGUGCAGUAAUUCAGUCAAAAUUUGAUAUGCCUGAAGGCAAUAGUGGACUUUCGUUUUUGGGUAAAAAAAUUUAUGUCAAAUGGUUGAUUGGAUGGAUGGAUUAAUUAUCUGUUUUCUUUUGUUGUUAGCUAUGUUAAAUGGCAAUCAGGUGAUAGCAGAAUUAAUAUGAAAUGCCACCAUGUUCUGGUUUUUCUGCAUUCA